AUGGCAUCUUUGAGGCCCAAGCGCACUGCUGUGAAGAGCGCUGCCAGCCCCAAGCGUCGCCAGGAAGAUGACAGAUCUCAGGCUGCGACAGGUGAUAGCUCGUCUGAAACAGAGGUCAGAGCUGAAGCCAAGGAGGCCCUGGCGAGGCUGGUCUCGACGAAGCGACAGGAGCUGCAGAGCAUUCGACUCCAAGCGAAGGUCCAGCAGCUGGCGCAGCUGCGGCGUCGCCUCCAGGAGCAAAAGGUGGCGGUGACCGCGUCCAAUUCAGAGGACCUAAAUGAAAGAGACGUUGCGCGACAAAGGGAGGAGUCCUGUCGGCGUCUACGGCAAACUCUCUUGCAGUCGCUGAAAAAGAAACAGGAGGAGGAUCAAGACAGUGAUGAGCUUUCGGAGACUCUGGUCGUCCUUGAGUCUGAUGUGGAGCCUCCUACGGCCAAGAAAAGAAUGCUCGAAGAGGAAAGACAGCCUGUGCAGCUGAAAGCCGCAUCCAAGGUACCUCGUUUAGUUGCCGCAAAACCUCUACGCCUCACUCCGAGACAAGGAUCUUGA